CCAGACAGGAAGCCAGAGGAGCGGCGCGCGACCAGUGGGGAGUGCGGGCACUGCCAGGAGUGAGGGCGUGAAUGUGGGAAAGUGGGUGAACAACUUCAGGGCUCAGACCUGCUGUACGCCAGACAGAAAGGGAAGCGAGACCGACGGCGGGUGGGGAAAGAGACAUUUGGUCGGAGUCACCUAUGUUUCUGGGCACGAAUGAGCUGUAGAGCAGGAUCCGCCAGCAUCGGAGACUGGGGCCCGCCCUGCAGGAGGCAGGAGCCAGGCAGAAAAGUGGGAGCGUUGGCCAAGCGCUCCUGCAAGAUCAGAGAGGACGGCGGGAGGGGACAGCGGGCGGUCGCAGCGCACAGAGCUUGCUGGCCAGGGAGGAGCGAGUCUCCGUGGGCGCCGCCGCCGCCCCAGCCUGCGCGCCUCUCUCCUGGCGCGUGCCAGUCUGCCACUCUGGGAGCUGGGUCCUAGCACCACAGACUUAUCCUUCGCCUGCACUUUCCGUCUUUCUUCUCUAGGCGCCCAUCAACAAUGGAUGGCAACUCCCUGCUCUCUGUACCAAGCCAUGUGGGUAGUUGAACAAAACUCACCUACCUGCCUCUCUGCUGCCUUGCCCACCAGGAGAGACUCCCAGGAAUCCAGCAACUUGGAGUCAUCACGGAUGUAUGACGUUUUGGGACCACAGCAGGGCAGAGGCUGUGGCAACUCAGGAGGCGGCCCAGGGAACUCCAUCACUGCCUGCAAGAAGGUUCUUCGCAGCAACAGCUUACUGGAGUCAACAGACUACUGGUUGCAGAAUCAGAGGAUGCCUUGCCAAAUUGGUUUUAUAGAAGACAAGUCUGAAAACUGUGCUUCUGUCUGCUUUGUGAAUCUUGAUGUGAACAAGGAUGAAUGCAGCACAGAGCACCUGCAACAGGUAACAUUUGAAACUCAAGCUGUCCAGGAGAAACUGGUCAAUGUUUCACCAGAUCUUCCAAAACUUAUCAGUUCCAUGAAUGUCCAACAACCAAAAGAAAAUGAAAUUGUUGUCCUAAGUGGAUUAGCCUCUGGAAAUCUCCAGGCAGAUUUUGAAGUUUCACAGUGCCCUUGGCUGCCAGAUAUCUGCUUGGUCCAGUGUGCAAGAGGGAACAGACCAAACAGUACCAAUUGCAUCAUCUUUGAAAUCAACAAAUUUCUGAUUGGUCUGGAACUGGUGCAGGAGCGACAGCUCCACCUGGAAACAAACAUCUUAAAACUGGAGGAUGACACGAACUGUUCCUUAUCCUCAAUCGAGGAAGACUUUCUCACUGCUUCUGAGCACUUGGAGGAGGAAAGCGAGGUGGAUGAAUCUAGGAACGGUUAUGAAAAUAUAAAUGUCUCAGCCAAUGUUUUGGAAAGUAAACAGCUAAAGGGAGCCACCCAGGAGGAAUGGAAUUACAACAAGGAAAAGUGGCGUUAUGCUUUGGAAGACAAAUACAUCAACAAAUAUCCCACACCAUUGAUUAAAACAGAACGAUCUCCAGAAACCCUAACAAAGAACACAGCCUUGCAGAGUCUAGAUCCCUCAGCCAAGCCAUCACAGUGGAAAAGUGAAGCUGUAGGGAAUAAAAGAGAAGCCACCCAUUAUUAUUAUUCAGAAGAUUUUAAAGGUCAAAUGGAAAAAUCACAGGCACUGUAUAUUCCAAAAGAUGCUUAUUUCUCCAUGAUGGAUAAAGAUGUACCUUCUGCAUGUGCUGUGGCUGAGCAGAGAAGCAACCUAAACCCAGGAGAUCAUGAAGACACAAGAAACGCUCUCCCUCCUGUACAAGAUGGAGAAGUCACCACUGGCAAGUAUGCUACAAAUUUAGCAGAAUCCGUGCUGCAGGAUGCGUUUAUUAGAUUAUCUCAGUCUCAGCCCACAUUACCCCAGGAAUCUGCAGUCAGUGUUUCUGUAGGAAGUUCUCUGCUUCCCAGUUGCUAUUCCACAAAAGAUACAGUGGUUUCUCGGUCAUGGAAUGAGCUCCCCAAAAUAGUCGUCGUUCAGAGUCCAGAUGGCAGCGAUGCUGCCCCCGAGCCAGGCAUCUUCUCAGGGCCUGAGAUGGAAGCCUCUGUUGAAACCUCAAGUCUCCUCUCUGGAGAGAACCCCAGCAGACAAUCCCAGAGUGCUCUAGAAGUGGCGUUAGCUCGUGCAGCCACUGUGAUUGGAACCAUUUCCAGUCCACAGGCCACAGAAAGACUCAAAAUGGAGCAAGUGGACUCAAACUUUCCACUAGAGGGCAGUGGUGCACUGCAAACGCAGGCACCCCAGGGACUCAAGGAACCUUCCAUCAAUGAGUACUCCUUUCCAUCUGCUUUGUGUGGCAUGACUCAAGUGGCCAGUGCCGUGGCUGUCUGUGGUCUAGGUGAAAGAGAAGAGGUGAUGUGCUCAGUGGCUCCAAGUGGUGGCCUCUCGCCUGCAGCUGAGGCUUCUGAAGCCAUGCCCCCACCUAGUAGUUUAGCAAGCAUGGAGCUUGGCAAGGAAGCCAUUGCUGAGGGAUUGCUCAAGGAGGCUGCUCUGGUUUUAACAAGGCCUAAUACCUACAGUAGUAUUGGAGACUUCCUGGACUCCAUGAACAGGAGAAUCAUGGAAACUGCUUCAAAGUCUCAGACCCUGUGCUCAGAAAAUGUCCUCAGGAAUGAACUGGCACAUACCCUGUCCAAUGUUAUCCUGAGGCAUUCCAUUGAUGAAGUUCACCACAAAAAUAUGAUAAUCGACCCCAAUGGCAACAGGUAUUCAUCUGAAAUUCUGGACACCUUAAUGGAAAGUACAAAUCAACUGCUUUUCGAUGUGAUAUGCUUCACGUUCAAGAAGAUGAGUCAUAUUGUACGGCUUGGUGAAUGUCCUGCUGUCCUUUCUAAGGAGACCAUCGGAAGGAGGGAGACAGAACCUGGCUGCCAGCCAUCUGAUCCGGGUGCUAGUCUAGCUUGGACAAAAGCCACUGAAUCCUCCAGCAGCUCUCCACUUAGCAAUUCACACAACACGAGUCUUGUCAUCAACAAUCUUGUGGAUGGCAUGUAUUCAAAACAAAACAACGGUGGAGUGAGGCCAGGCCUCUUCAAGAACCCCAUGCUGCAGUCAGAAUUAUCACAUGGUCACAGGGUGCCCGAUUCUUCGACUGCUACAACAACCCCCAAGGAAAUAUAUCUGAAAGGAACAGCGGGAGAGGAUACAAAAAGCCCUCAUCACAGUGAGAAUGAAUGCAGAGUCUCUUCCGAAGCACAAAGGUCCCCGACGGUUGGCCAGUCCAGAAGCGGUUCCCAGGAGGCUGAGGACAGUAUCCACCCAAACACCCAAGAAAAGUACAACUCUGCCACAUCUUGCAUCGACGAAGUUCAAGUCAACCUGUCCGUGUUAGGGGAUGACGUGCUGCUUCCUGCUCAAUCCAUGCUUCAAACAAAGCAUCCAGACAUCUACUGCAUUACAGACUUUGCGGAAGAAUUAGCAGACACGGUUGUCUCCAUGGCAACUGAAAUUGCAGCGAUUUGCCUUGACAACUCCAGUGGAAAACAACCCUGGUUCUGUGCAUGGAAAAGAGGGAGUGAGUUUCUGAUGACACCCAGUGUACCCUGCCGAUCCUUGAAGAGGAAGAAAGAGAACCAGGGGAGCGGGGCCGCUGUGAGGAAACACAAGCCGCCCCGGCUCAGUGAGAUCAAGAGGAAGACGGAUGAGCAUCCCGAGCUUAAAGAGAAGCUGAUGAACAGGGUUGUGGAUGAGUCCAUGAACCUUGAGGAUGUCCCAGAUUCUGUCAACCUUUUUGCCAAUGAAGUGGCAGCCAAGAUCAUGAACCUAUCGGAGUUCUCUAUGGUGGACGGCAUGUGGCAGGCGCAGGGCUAUCCCCGGAAUCGCUUACUGAGCGGUGACAGGUGGAGCCGGCUGAAGGCCUCUAGCUGCGAAAGCAUUCCUGAGGAAGACUCCGAGGCCAGGGCCUAUGUCAACAGCCUGGGCUUAAUGAGCACGCUGAGCCAGCCGGUCAGCAGGGCCAGCUCUGUCUCCAAACAGUCGAGCUGUGAGAGCAUCACCGAUGAGUUUUCCAGGUUCAUGGUGAACCAGAUGGAAAAUGAAGGGAGAGGAUUUGAGUUACUGCUGGAUUACUAUGCUGGCAAGAACGCCAGCAGCAUUCUGAGCUCAGCCAUGCAACAGGCGUGCCGGAAAAGUGACCACCUCAGUGUGAGACCAAACUGUCCCUCUAAGCAAUCCAGCACAGAGAGCAUCACUGAGGAGUUCUACAGGUACAUGCUGAGGGACAUCGAAAGAGACAGCAGAGAAAGCACCUCCUCCAGACGGAGCAGCCAGGAUUGGACAGCCGGCCUGCUGUCUCCUUCUCUGCGAUCCCCAGUGUGCCACAGACAGUCGUCCAUGCCAGACAGCAGAUCCCCAUGCUCCAGGCUGACAGUGAAUGUGCCCAUCAAAGCCAACUCUUUAGAUGGCUUUGCUCAGAACUGCCCACAGGAUUUCCUAAGCGUGCAGCCGGUCAGUAGCACGUCCUCAUCCGGUCUCUGCAAAUCUGACUCUUGCUUGUAUCGGAGAGGUAGGACUGACCACAUCACGAACAUGUUAAUUCAUGAAACGUGGGCGAGCUCCAUUGAGGCCCUCAUGCGCAAGAACAAAAUCAUUGUGGAUGAUGCGGGGGAAGCCGAGGCUGAGCCUGUUUCUGGUGGCUCUCCCUCGCAAGCAGAGACGUGUGCAAAUAGAUUAGCUGCCAGCAGGAUGUGCAGUGGGCCAACUCUGCUUGUUCAGGAGUCUCUCGAUUGCCCGAGGAAAGACUCUGUUACCGAAUGUAAACAGCCCCCAGUGUCAUCUUUGAGCAAAACUGCUUCUCUUACAAACCACAACCCUUUAGAUUCUAAAAAGGAAACUUCCUCGUGCCAGGACACUGUAGCAAUAAACCACAAAAGGCGAUCACUUUGCUCGAGGGAAGUGCCUUUGAUUCAGAUUGAAACAGAUCAGAGAGAAGCCUGUGCUGGGGAACCUGAACCCUUCCUUUCCAAAAGCAGCCCCCCAGAGGAAGCAGAAGAGCAUUCGAAUGACAAAAACAUCUCAGAUGUGGUGAGAGGUGGAGACACAGCCGUGAGCGCUUGUCAAAUCCAUAGUGACAGCCUUGAUGCCAGAGAUGUACCACAGACUGAAGCCUCCACAGAAGCCAGAGCCCCCGAUGAGUCCCCCAACCCUCCAAGCAGCAGUGAGGAGAGCACAGGCAGCUGGACCCAGCUUGCCAAUGAGGAGGACAACCCAGAUGACACAAGUAGCUUUCUGCAGCUCAGUGAGCGAUCCAUGAGCAAUGGCAACAGUAGUGCCACUAGCAGUCUUGGCAUUAUGGACCUGGACAUUUAUCAGGAAAGCAUGCCAUCUUCUCCCAUGAUUAAUGAAUUACUGGAAGAAAAGGAGACUCUUAAAGAACAGUCAGAAAGCAUAGAGGCGCCUGCAUCUGGACUGCCCAUGGGAACAGCCAGCCCCCAGAGGAGCCUGCUGGUGAUCAACUUUGACCUGGAGCCAGAGUGUCCAGAUGCCGAGCUCCGAGCCACCCUGCAGUGGAUAGCUGCCUCCGAACUUGGAAUUCCCACCAUCUACUUUAAGAAGUCUCAGGAAAACAGAAUUGAAAAGUUUCUAGAUGUCGUGCGGCUGGUUCAUCAGAAGUCCUGGAAAGUGGGUGAUAUCUUCCAUGCAGUCGUCCAGUACUGCAAAAUGUAUGAGGAGCAGAAGGAUGGGAGACUGAGUCUCUUUGACUGGCUCCUGGAACUGGGAUAAGGCAGUCUGCCCUAUAGAGCAUUCCUUCCCUUUAUUCAGCUUAGAUUACAGUGGUUUGUUCUAAAUGCUCUAAACGUUCUCAAAACAUCACAUCACAUUAGCAGAGCUAUAAAAAAAAAAUCUGCUACUCAAAUCCACUGCAUAUAGAAUAAAUAGGAGGAAAAGCAAAAUAUAGGUCUGUCCAAAUUCAUACAACUUGUGGGUGAGUUCCAAAGAGCUUGGAUUAGAAGGGCUGGACAAAGAGAAAUUUCAAUGGGGCCCAAAUUAUAAGGCUUAUAAUGAGACCCAGUCUCCAGGAAAACAAUGCUCACAUAUGUUUAAUCAUAUAAAAUGAUUUGUAAUAUCUCUAAUUAACAAACUCAGUGGUCAAAAUAAUUUUUAAAAGUAUUCUGUAACCUAUAUUUUACUUUUUGUGAUUAUGUUAAGGGGCUGCCAGCCCAGGGAAAUACUUAAGAUAUGAGUGAGGAAUCCCCAGGCUUUUAUACAAAAGAUUUCCACUUUCAAACCAAUGUCAGUGGACAUUGAUAAAAGGAUAGCAGCAUCCCCUACUGAGAUGACUUCAUUUAUUACCUACAGCCCACUGAUAAAUAUCCCACUUCUCCCAAAUAGUGUCUGGGCUCCCAGCUAAGCAGAAAACUAGUUUCAAUUGGCAUUCAACUGAAGAAGAGGAAAAUAAAAGAUUGUCUUGUUUCCAUCCCUGUAUUACUUGGGGAACAUGAUCACAUAUUCUUAUCCUAACAGAAAGCUCUCAUAUUUAAAAAAAAAAAAAAAAAAAAAAAGUCUUUUCAGAUAAAAUCUGCUUGUGUCUUGAAUAAUAUGACAUACAAACUUCCACUUUAUUUUAUUAUAAAUUAUAAAGAGAUUAUUGUCUUAAAUAAUAUAUUGAGUUAGCUUCGAGCUUCCUAACUUAUGAAGAGAUUGUUGUCUAAAGUCACAUAUUGACAUUGAGCUCAUGGUUUGUUUCAUCACGUGUGUGCUGGUAGCUGUACAGCAGACACGCCACUCCAAUGACAUUUUUAAUGACAGAAGCAGGGUAAUGGUCUCAUAUUUGACAUCAUCAGUUAGGAUCAUAGACUUACCCUGACUUGUGGAUAUUAGCCUUGAAUUGGGGGAAAAGAAGAUUUUGUCACAUUUUAGUUAUUUUAAUAACAGAGAUUUACUCUUUUGAAAAAUAAAGGUAUCUAAUGUCCCUUAAUAAGUCUUCUUUCCUUCCAAAUAAUGACCUACACGGACUUUUAUUUUCUUGAUCAAAGAGGUGUUUAUUAAGGAUUUCUGGAUAUACUAUACUUUUACUCUAUUUUUCAAGAUCACAAAGUAAUUUUAAAUGUCAACAGGUUCUCAUACAUGAAUGCUGGCCUCACCUGCUCUAUCAGCCACAUUUUGAAAUGCAAAGAAAGCUCCCUUGUAAGCCAUCCUUCCUUCCCCACUCCCAUCCUAGGAUAGUUGCCCAGUGCUCAUUAGGCAUUUAUUAUUGAAAUAGUCCAAAUUUAGGUUAUUAUGCUUAAUUUGACACAUUAACCAAAUGCCCAGUUUUAAAAUAUAUCCAUCAAUUCAUGCUGAAAUGUGCUUCUUUGUGCUAUCAAAUGGAAUAGAAUACACUUAUUUUUUAAACAAUCCCAGAAUAUUGUGUGUAGACUUUCAUUGUGCUCGAAUAAACGUUUACUUAUCUUACAAAGCACAAAUACUGGAUUGUAACCAUGUGAUGAAGUUAUCUAUGUUGUACCUCACGUUGCAAAUUAAUCAAUAAAUCUCUGUUGUCAGAUUGUCGAUUAUUUUUUCUGCAAGAGCUUUAAGCACCUCAUAGGAAAAACAGUCACGGGACAAUUGGACAAAGGCCUAUAUAUCCCUUAGAAAAGCUUUGUUGUCCUGCUUUCAUUUAUUGGAAAACAUAAAGGUUCUUGGCUUCAUUUGUUAAAAUCAGUAAUAUUCAUGGAAAUCAGUUUCUCAAACUUGGCACUAUUGACAUUUGGGACCACAUCAUUCUUUGUUGCAAAGGGUUAUCCUGAAUAUUGUGACGUGUUUAGCAACAUUCCUGGCCUCUACCCACUAGAUGCUAGUAACCACCCCCUCACAGU